UCCUGCAUUUUCCACCAAUCUAUCUCUUCACGCACCUAACUCUUUGCUGCAGCCAUGGAAGCCACAGCAGCAUCUCAUCACAUACCAACUAACUUAACCACCUUAACCGCAAAAUUGCCCCCCAAAAAAACCCAAUUCCUCAAUUUCACUUCUUGCAGCCCCAAAAAGAUUACCCUCUUCUGCUCCACAAAACCAAACACCAACAAUCAAGAAGCCACAGACGAAACCAACCCGACUUCCGAUUCGCACCCGAACUCAACCAUCCAAUCAAAAUCCGCUCCCAUUCCUAGCCUGCAACUUUCUUCAAGUUCAUCGUUUUCGAGGGGUUUGAUCUUCGAUUUGGGCGUCAAGAACUCGUGGGACAAUCUCGAGAUCGGCUCGCCCGUGGUGAAAAGAUACCUCGGCGACGAAGAGGAGCGGUGGUACAUGUGGUAUCACGGCCGGUGCAGCGAGCUGGAUUCGGUGGGAUUAGCGGCGUCGAGCAACGGGAUCCACUGGGAGAGAGGCGCAGAAGGUGUUCGAUCAAAUGCCGAUGUGGGGUUGGUCAUGAGUAACAGUAAAGAUUGGUGGGCGUUUGACACGCACGGCGUUAGGCCUUGUGAGGUGGUGGUGAUGUCCAGCGCUAAAGUCAGAACUAACAGCGCCGUUUACUGGCUCUACUACACCGGAUUCUGCUCCACCGAUUCGCCCAAGUCGUUGCCCGGUUUGGCCAUGAGCCAGGAUGGGAGGCACUGGGCUCGGAUCGAGGGGGAGCAUCACAGUGGAGCAUUGCUCGACGUGGGGGCCAAAGGCGAGUGGGAUUCCACCUUCAUCGCCUCACCACAAGUGGUGUUCCAUGGCAGCGGAGAUCUCAGAAUGUACUACCACUCCUUUGAUGUGGAGACAGGGCGCUAUGCAGUAGGCAUUGCGCGAUCAAGGGAUGGGAUGAGGUGGAUGAAGCUGGGGAGGAUACUGAGUGCGGGCCCCAAUGGGGCGUUUGACGAGGGCGGGGUGCUCAAUCCCCACGUCUUGAGGGACAGGAGAGACGGCAAGUACGUGAUGGUGUAUGAAGGCGUUGGUGGGGAGAGGCGGAGCAUUGGGGUGGCAGAGUCUUUGGAUGGAUUGAAAGAGUGGAGGAGGGUGGGAGAGGGCCCUGUAAUCGAGGAGGAGUGCGGUGGUGGUGGGUGGGACAGUGAGGGUGUUGGAUCACCAUGCUUGGUUCAGAUGGAUGGAGAGGCAGAGCAAUGGAGACUGUAUUACACAGGGGUUGGCAGAGGUGGGAAGACUGGGAUUGGAUUGGCCGUGUCUCAAGGGACUCAACUCGACAAGUUUCAGAGAUGGACUGGAUUCAUUUUGUGAUUCAUGUUUGAUGUUUCUUUUUCUCUUCAAUCAUGAGGGAAUGUGUACUGGCAAAGCUAAGAAAAUCAGGUUGUUAUGCCUUCAAAUCCCUAUGAAGGCUUUAUUUUAUAUAGUAAAUCGGACAAAUAUGCUUUGGUGAAA